AUGGCCCCUUCUUCAUGGUCGCAAGCCGACUCCACCUUCGACAACGAUCGCUCGACCGUGGGCGCACUCGCCCGCCGCCACAGCAUGGGCGAGCGCGCACCGUCUCCUUCCCCCACUCAAACCUCGGAGUCGUCGCAAUACACCGUCGCUCCGUCGUCGCUCUUCCUCGGCAAGGACGGGGAAGUGCUCGACAGUGUCCCUCCGCUUCCUCCCAUGCCCCUUGCUCCACAGCGCCGGGCGAACCUCGAUGACCCCGCCAGACGCGCUCUCCCCCGAGCGCCAUCCUCGACGGAGCGUUCGAUCCGGCGUGGACGCGUCGAUGUUCUCUACGAACACUCAAAGCAGUGCCACGGCGGCACUCCCCCCACGCGCAGAGACCCGGGAGCAGUGACGCUGAAGAACAAGGUGGCAGUACUGGAGCUCGAGGUCGCUCGGCUGCGGCAGCAGCAGGAGUUGUAUGUGGAGGAAGCACCCCCGGAUUAUUGGCAGCAGCAGGGAAGGGCGAGUGAGCUGCAUGGAGGGAAAGGGAUGUUUACGGGGCGAAAACGUGAGGUUCAAUAUUCUCUGACCAUAGUCGUUCGUUUGAUAUAUCAUGCGGCGGCGCCCGCGAUCGAGUGCCCGCGAUCGCUCGUCACUGCGGUGGCCGGUCUCGUGCGGUGA